UGAGGCAAAUCAAAUCAGCGUUGCUGGCAAGCUACCACACUCCGUUGUACCUGGAGCGACCGAGUUUGGUUCAUCGAGCAGGAACCUGAAGUCACGGAGAAUGAAACCGGACCAAGUCGAUCGGCUCGUCCAGGCAUUGGCCAGUAGUCCUCUACUGCAAAUUCACAUCUCGCGGCGCUGGUGGGAUGGGGCCGCGGACGAUACGACGAUGGCAUCUGAGGCCACGCCGUCGCUUACAGAUGGGUCAUCCUCAUCGCCAACGACGCUGUUCUCGCAUGCGGACGAAGCGCUCGGAAGCGAGCAGCGUUCGCCAGGUAAAGUCCGUCUAUCGUUGGAAGAGGGAUUUGCACGAACUCGUCUUGAGGAAGGCAGAUCCAAAGUGCUUGUCUCUCCGCUAUCAACGAGCUUUGGCGGUAUCGCUCUCGUUGACCCGAAAGUUUAUGGUUCUCCCAUUUGUCUCGUGUCGAGAGACUAUCGGCUGGGUGCCAGGGUUCUCGAGCAUGGCGCCUGCUCCUAUCACACCCUCGCUUACGGAACGACUGUGCAAAGCAACUUGCGGAUCGAGCCACCUUCGAGCCGGAGCGCCAACUGUCGGGUUCUGUUGCAGGUUCUCAACCAAACUUUGGAGCGCCGGACCGGCGAGAAGAGUCACUUGCUCUUAGCUGAACUCGAUGUUACUGAGAGCUUCACCAGGGCGGCUUUGGCUGAGCUCUCCGUACACGCAGGAAUCUCGCUUUGGGAUAUCCAGCAAAUGGCGUCGAGCCCAAGGGCUGAAGAGAAAGGAGAGUCCUUCAACUGGUGCGCGCUUGCUGACGAGCUCUCAAAUGCUAAGGCCGUAGGCGAGAUGAUCGAGGCCGCUGCAUCUGCAUUCGCCAACCUGACGGCUGAAACGUGCACUAUGCAGACGCUCACUAUGAUGUCUGAGCUUGAGCGUCUCAAGACUCAGCAUCAAGACUUCCUCGUUCUCCGCUCGACUGGCCGUCACGCAAACGGGAUGGUAUCGGGUCUCCAUGUCCCGUACGUUUCACAGCACCUUGAUCGCCUGCUGUACACUGUCAGUCCCAGCAACAAACGAGGCGAAGCGUCCAGAGCCGCACGGCUACUGCGUGAUCGAGUUGUCGCUGCCGUGGCAGGGAAUUGUCGGCGCGAGUCUGCCUUCGAUGUCCGGAUCUGGUGGGGUGAUCAGAUGCGUCAGGUUCACUGCGUACCGUUGCACGAAGAUACUGGAGGCGAGCCAACCGCCUGGGCCGCGUUCCUCAGUGGUGAGUCCGAGUUCGUCGCUUUCACGUCUGUGUUGAGCUGAUCAUGAAGACCUUGGGAGGUACCCUGGCUGCUUGUAUCAAGCGUUCCGACUUAGCUAUCUAUCAUAAUUACUUCGUGGACUUUUCGACGUCUGCGCCACCUGCCAUAACCUGCAGAUACGCUU